AUGGGUAGAAAAGCAGUUGCAAUAAUUGUGAUCUGUUGGGUUGUACCGAUUUCCAUAAUCGUCAAUCGCAUUGUUCCUGAACCUUACAUGGAUGAGAUAUUUCACGUCCCACAAGCCCAACAGUACUGCAAAGGCAAUUUCAAAAGUUGGGAUCCUAUGAUCACUACUCCCCCUGGACUGUACUUGCUUUCACUUGCCUAUGUUGCUUCUUUGUUUCCUGGGAUGCAUUUCCUGCAACGACUUUCAUCAUUUUCCAACAUUUGCUCCACUUUGGUUCUGCGAACCACCAAUGCUUUGCUGGCUGUAAUGUGCAGCGUUCUGGUUUAUGAGAUUAUCACUUACUUAAAGCCAUCUCUUGAUGAAAGGAAAGCAACUCUUCGAGCAGUGAUUUUGUCAUUAUAUCCACUGCACUGGUUCUUCACCUUUCUUUAUUAUACAGAUGUAGCAUCGCUAACUGCAGUUCUUGCCAUGUAUCUUCUAGUUUUGAAGAGGAAAUACCUAUUCAGUUCAUUGUUUGGAGUUUUGUCUGUGCUUAUCCGGCAAACAAAUAUUAUAUGGGUUCUUUUUGUUGCUUGCGUGGGGGUUCUGGAAUUUACAAAGAUUCAUCAAAUCGAUAAUGUGAGAGUAGAUGAUUCCAGAGUGUCAGAAAGGAAAGGUGUUCAAUCAGCGCUCAGUAAAGGUGUAUCUAGCGUCUCUAACCUAAGAAAGAGAAGAUUCAGUACUAAUGUAUCCAGUCCUAAAAAUUUUACUUCGCGAAUAACCGUCAGUUCCACACCGUAUACGUCAGGGUUAUUGGAUGAGAUUCAGGGCAUCAUCGUGAAAUCAUGGCAUCUGAAAUGGGAGCUGUUGGCUUCCUUUAGCCCCUUCUUUAUGGUAUUUGUGGCUUUUGUUGCUUUUGUUUGCUGGAACGGGAGCAUAGUUCUGGGUGCUAAAGAUGCUCAUGCAGUUUCUCCCCAUUUUGCUCAAUUGAUGUAUUAUAGUCUAGUUUCUGCUGUUUUUACAUUUCCUGUGCACUUCACAUUAAUACAAGCUGCAGUUCUACUCGGAUCAUUCCGUCAAAGCAGAUUGUUAACUUUCUUCCAGUGGUUUACGGCAUUAACUGCUGCCUUCCUUUCUGUGCAUUUUUUCAGCAUAGCGCACCCAUAUCUCAUUGCUGACAAUCGACACUAUCCCUUCUAUCUUUGGCGAAAAAUCAUCAGAUAUCAUUGGUCAACAAAGUACCUUUUAGUCCCACUGUACACUUACUCGUGGUUUUCAAUCUUCAGUAGCUUGGUGAAAAGUCAGCAGAAGAUCUGGACUCUCGCAUAUUUUUUGGCUUCUGCUGCAACACUCAUUCCUGCUCCUCUAAUCGAGUUCAGAUACUAUACAAUUCCGUUCUUUUUUUUCAUUCUUCACUCCAAUAUUAACAAGAAGAGUUGGCUUCUCUUGGGUAUUCUUUAUCUUGCCAUCAAUUGUUUCACGAUGUUUAUGUUCUUGUUUCGGCCAUUCUUUUGGGAUCAUGAGGCCGGGAUACAGAGAUUCAUAUGGUGA